AUGGAAGGGACCACUUGGAAGCUCAACGAUGACUCCUUCUCAAUCCAAUCCACCGGAUCCAACGUCGCCGUCUCCGAUCAUUACGGCAAUCCAUACUAUCUUCAUAACUCCGAUCAUGCUGGAUUGAAACUCGUCACCGAUCGCCUUACCUCUGGUGCUGAUUUCCAUUCUUGGAGACGCUCGGUGAGGAUGGCUCUCAACGUUCGCAAUAAACUAGGUUUUAUUGACAGUACGAUUCGUAAACCUCCUCCUACUAGUCGUGACUCUGGAUCUUGGUCAAGAUGUAACGAUAUGGUAGCUACCUGGCUUAUGAACUUGGUUUCUAAGAAUAUAGGCCAGAGUUUGUUGUUCAUGUCUACUGCGGAAUCUAUUUGGAACAAUCUGAUGUCACGUUUCAAACAAGAUGAUGCUCCUCGCGUUUUCGAGACUGAACAACGUCUCAGUAGUCUUACACAGGGAUCUCUUGAUGUUAGUGCUUACUAUACUGAAUUGAUUACCUUGUGGGAAGAAUACAAGAACUAUAUCGAAUUGCCUGUUUACACAUGUUGUCGUUGUGAGUGCAAUGCAGCUUUGUUGUGGGAACAGAUGCAGCAGCGAGGACGCGUCAUGAAGUUCCUGAUGGGGUUGAAUGAGGCUUAUGAACCGACGCGUCGUCACAUUCUCAUGUUGAAGCCUAUUCCUCCCAUUGAAGAGGUUUUCAACAUUGUUGCUCAAGAUGAGAGACAUAGGAACAUCAAACCACCUCUUAAGACAGAUUAUGUAGCCAUUCAAGCUACUUGA